AUGGAGAUACCAAGAGAAAUACGCGAAAAUCACAGGAUGUGGCCAUAUUUUAAGACAAAUCCAGAUGCAAAAGGUUUGCGUGGUAAGGGGAUUGAUAUGAUUGACGAAUUAGCUAUUGUGUGUGGCAAUGAUCAAGCAAUUGGAGAAUGGGCAUGUUCAGGUAAGGAUAUAAAUGGUAACUUUUCAAGGCAAAUGGACGUUAGUGACGAUGAGUACACGCCGGUCUUUGAUCACAAUGAGAAUAUGGUAGUUGACGACUUGGGUGAUAUAGAAGUUGCUAAUAACAUGGCAAGACUAGUUGAUGCAUACAAAAAGAGUAAACUUUGCGUAAAUUAUUCGUACCUUUACAAAGCUGUAAUGGAUGUUGAAGCGCUUGAUAUUGAUAGUCGAAUGACCUCUUUUGAGUACUUGAAUGCAGAUCUGAUCAAAGCGAGAGUAUUUUUGAUAUAUCCUGAAGAAAUGCGCUAUUUGUUUUUAAUUCGACACCUAGCACAAGGUGGUGCCGAUGGUAUAAAUUGA